CCCGGCGGGUACGCGCUCGCUGCGUCGACGUGCUGACGACAGGACGCCCGGGCCGGUGUGUGUCGGUGUGUAUGUGUGUGUGUGUAUGUGUGUGUGUGUGUGUAUAUGUGUGUGUUUGUGUGUGUGUGCGCGCUCCGAGAGUGUGUGUUUGUGUAUCGGCGGUCCCGCAGGUCCCGGAUGUUGCGGGCAGUAUGAGGCGAGCGCAGGGGGACAGGGACCAGCUGCUGUCGCCGCCGCCGUUCUCAGAGAUUUCCUGCUAGACAAGACAAAUUAGAGUUUACCUACUGACUUGACUUGGGUGAAGAAAAGCCAGAAAUCUUUGCCCCCUGACUUUGGAAACCCAGUUUAACCUUCAAACUGGCGAUGUCAAGGGUUCCAAGUCCUCCACCUCCGGCAGAAAUGUCGAGUGGUCCCGUGGCAGAGAGCUGGUGCUAUACACAGAUCAAGGUAGUGAAAUUCUCCUACAUGUGGACCAUCAAUAACUUUAGUUUUUGCCGGGAGGAAAUGGGUGAAGUCAUAAAAAGUUCAACUUUUUCAUCAGGAGCCAAUGAUAAACUGAAAUGGUGUUUGCGAGUAAACCCAAAAGGGCUGGAUGAAGAAAGCAAAGAUUACCUGUCACUUUACCUGUUAUUGGUCAGUUGUCCAAAGAGUGAAGUUCGGGCAAAGUUCAAGUUCUCCAUCCUGAAUGCCAAGGGAGAAGAAACCAAAGCUAUGGAGAGUCAGCGAGCUUAUAGGUUCGUGCAAGGCAAAGACUGGGGAUUCAAAAAAUUUAUUCGUAGAGAUUUUCUCUUGGAUGAGGCCAAUGGGCUUCUCCCUGAUGACAAGCUCACCCUCUUCUGUGAGGUGAGUGUAGUACAAGAUUCCGUCAAUAUUUCUGGGCAGAAUACCAUGAACAUGGUAAAGGUUCCUGAGUGCCGGCUGGCAGAUGAAUUAGGAGGGCUGUGGGAGAAUUCUCGAUUCACAGACUGCUGCCUGUGUGUGGCUGGCCAAGAAUUCCAGGCUCACAAGGCCAUCUUAGCAGCUCGGUCUCCAGUUUUCAGUGCCAUGUUUGAACACGAGAUGGAGGAGAGCAAAAAGAAUCGGGUUGAAAUUAAUGACGUGGAACCUGAAGUUUUUAAGGAAAUGAUGUGCUUCAUUUACACGGGGAAGGCUCCGAACCUUGACAAAAUGGCUGAUGAUUUGCUGGCAGCUGCUGACAAGUAUGCCCUGGAGCGUUUGAAGGUCAUGUGCGAGGAUGCCCUCUGCAGUAACCUCUCCGUGGAGAACGCUGCAGAAAUUCUCAUCCUGGCUGACCUCCACAGCGCAGAUCAACUGAAAACUCAGGCAGUGGAUUUCAUCAACUAUCAUGCUUCGGAUGUCUUGGAGACCUCUGGGUGGAAGUCAAUGGUGGUGUCACAUCCCCACUUAGUGGCUGAAGCAUACCGCUCUCUGGCUUCG